AUGGAUCUCAAGAAAAUUCCAGAGCACAUCGAGAUGUCAAGUCGGUCUGAUGAAAACUCGAACAAUACUCAGCUCGGCUUCACACCGCGCCAACAGCGGCAUAUUGUUCAUAAAAUUGAUCGAAGGCUUAUUACGGGCCUUGGGUUAUUGUUUGGUGUCAGUUUGAUGGACCGUACUAACCUUGGAAAUGCCUCAAUUGCUGGGAUGCAGAAAGAUCUCAGUUUGGAAAUGGGAUCACGAUAUUCUCUUGUUGUUCUGAUCUUCUUUGUGCCAUAUGUUCUCUUCCAACUCCCGAGUUCGAUCAUUGUCCAGAAACUAGGUCCUCGGAAGUUCCUUGCGGGCAUUACUUUUUUCUGGGGUAUUGUGAUGAUGUGUUUUGGUUUUGUUCGUGAUUGGAAAGUCAUGCUGGGGCUCCGCGUCAUCCUGGGAACGUUUGAAGCAGGUCUAUUCCCAGGAGCAGUCUACUUACUGUCUCUAUGGUAUCCUCGCUAUGAUGUACACAAACGCUAUUCUUCCUUCUACCUCAUAAGUACCGUUGGCGCCUCGCUCUCUGGGGUGCUUGCUUAUGGCUUUAUGCAGAUGGAUGGCCUUGGAGGGCUCAACGCUUGGGAAUGGAUUUUCGUCAUGGAGGGUCUUCUCACUUGCGUGCUCGCCAUUAUUGGCUAUGUACUGAUCAUCAGCUUUCCGCAAGAUGCGCAUAAUGCGCAUAACUUUUUAUCUCGGCGAGAAAUUGAUUUUGUCCUGCAACGAAUCAAUCAAGACCGACAUGACGUGGAAGAUGAGCCGUUCAGUGCAUCGGCAUUCCUAAAGCCUGCUCUUGAAUGGAAAGUUUGGGGGUUUGCCCUUAUUUUCCUAUGUAGCACAGUGAUUGCCUACUCCCUAGCGUUUUUCCUACCGAUUAUCCUCUCCUACAGGCUAGGCUUCAGUGUUGGGGUAUCCCAAGUUCUCAGCACUCCACCAUACUUUUUUGCUGGUAUAGUUAUGUACCUGGAAGGCUGGCUGGGUGAUAAAUGGCGGUGCCGCAGCCCUUUUAUUAUCUAUAACGCGCUGCAGACAAUUGUUGGCCUUUGCCUCCUAGAAUGGGUAAACUCAUCCGGCGUGCAAUACUUCGCUAUCUUCCUUGUGACAGCUGGGUGCAAUGCAACGGUGCCUGCUGUCUUGUCAUGGCAGGCCAACAACAUCCGCGGCCAGUGGAAGCGGGCAUUCUGUAGUGCGAGCAUGAUCACGUCUGGCGGAACCGGGGGCAUUGUUGGAGCAUUGGUCUUUCGAUCUCAGGAUGCACCGCAGUAUUUUCCAGGGAUUGUCGCGUCAAUUGCGUGCAAUGUGGUGAUCCUGAUUGUGACAGGAGUUCUUACGGUAUUCAUGCACUACGAAAAUCGGAAGGCGAAGCGUGGAAUGGUCAAAAUUGAGGGUCUGGUAGAUUUCUAUUACACUCUGUGA